CCUGGGGGCGCUGUGGCUCGCCGGGCGCCGGCGGAAGUGACGCAGCGGGGCGAGCGGCGGCGGCGGCGGCGGGAUGAACGCGCCUCCGGCUUUCGAGUCCUUCCUCCUCUUUGAGGGCGAGAAGAAGAUCACCAUCAACAAGGACACGAAGGUGCCCAACGCCUGCCUCUUCACCAUCAACAAAGAAGACCACACGCUGGGGAACAUCAUCAAGUCGCAGUUACUGAAAGACCCCCAGGUAUUAUUUGCGGGCUACAAAGUCCCGCACCCACUGGAACACAAAAUUAUCAUCCGCGUCCAAACAACCCCCGAUUACAGCCCCCAGGAAGCUUUCACCAACGCCAUCACGGACUUGAUCAGUGAGCUCUCCCUCCUGGAGGAGAGGUUCAGGGUGGCUAUUAAAGACAAACAAGAAGGAAUUGAAUAAAAUCACCCCGUUUAGAGCGGACUGUACUUCUGAUGCAGAAUGAUGCACCUUGUUACUUGAAUGCUAUAUUUAAACCUCUAGUCAUGGCAAAUAUGUUCCCCCUUGUCCCACUUAUGAUUAGUUUUUGACAGCAGCAGUGGUAUUUUUGUGGUUGGUUUGUUGGUGGGUGUUUUGGUGGGGUUUUUUGGGUUGUUUUUUUUUGUUUGUGGGUUGGUAGUUUUUUUUAAAUACCAGACAGGCACUUUGCCAAGAGGAUGAAUGUCUUGUUUGAUUUGAUGGAUAAGGCACUAACAUGAUUUCUACUUUUUUAAUUUGAGCCUUAAGGCAAAUAUUUGUACCAGGCUGUUGGGGAGUUUACUGUCAGUGUACUUCCAGAACAAGAAGCUGCUGAGUGACAACUCUCUGCUUUUCCUUUUCAAAAAGUCUAGGCACUGCCACCUGAACUGGUAUUCUGUUUUAUUAAGUGUCAUUUCUAUAAAACAAAUGCACAAAUUGUGAAAACUUACAGUAAAAGAAACCGGAUGUUUACAAUGA